AUGAGUAAGCUUUUAGGUUUAUCAAGCUUGAAAAGCUUCGAUCAUUUCAAGUCGCUGGCAGGAUCUGCUUCGGGAGGUGCGAAGACACUGUCGAUCUCCUCGCGUGCGUCUUCGGAUUCUGUUUCUUUAGGCAGUUUCGCAAAUUUAAAGCUUACUGCAGAGAAACUGGUAAAGGAACAAGCCUCUGCGAAAACUGAUCUCGACCUGGCGAAUGCAAAACUGAAGAAAUUGACAGAGCAUAUUCAUAUUCUGGAAGAGAAAUUACAGAAUGCAUUUAAUGAAAAUGCUAAGCUAAAAGUAAAGCAAAAAGAAGAUGAGAAACUCUGGAAAGGGCUAGAGUCAAAAUUCUCUUCAACAAAGACUUUGUGUGAUCAGCUCACUGAGACUUUACAACAUUUAGCUGCUCAAGUGCAGGAUGCUGAGAAAGACAAGGUAUAUUUUGAAGACAAACUAUCUGCAUCAUCAGUAGCUCUUGAUAAUUUGCAUGUGCAAAUGAAGUCUCUUUCCUUGAGGUUGGAAUCUUCAGAGGAAGCUGUUAGAACUCGUGAAAAGGAGUUGAGGGACCUCCACACCGAGAAAGAGUCAGUGGAGAACUCUUUGAAUUCUGAACUCAAAGGAGUGGCCUUUCUUAUUGAGGAAAAAGAUGCUGUGAUAAAAAACUUGGAAGAAACUGUUGCAACUAAUGGGUUGGCUAUGGAGAGUUUGAAUUCCAAGCUGGAAAAAUUGGAUCUUGAUUUGAAAGUAAAAGAAGAUGACCUACACAGUUUGAACAACUCGAAGGAGGAACUAGAGAAAGAAAAGGAUAAUCUUGUGUCGAUCAACAAAAAGCUUGCUGGCAAAUUAGAAUAUGCACUUCAGGAGAUAAAGACCCUUGAAAACUUUGUUAAUUUACUUACAUUGAAGCUCGCUGAACUGGAAAGUCAAAGUGUGUCCUUCUCAGAAAAGGUUGUUCAGCUCACUUCUUUAUUUGAAUCUUGCUUUAAGCUCCUUCAAGAUGAAAAACACCUUGCUGCUAAUCACGCUCAAAAGAAGUUUGGCAAACUCCAAGAUCAGUCACUGUCUGUUACAGAGGAGAAAAAUGCUCUACAGUUGGUUAAUCAGGAAUUGAGCAAUAAAGUCAUUGAACUUCAGAAAGAGCAAGAAUAUGCAAUGGUACAGCAUGCAGAAGAAUGUUGUUUAGCAGAAGAGACAGUUCGUAGGUUAGAAUCUGAAUUAGAGACGCUCAAAUCAAAGAAGAACGAAAUGGAAGUGCUGAUUGCCAAAUUGCAGGAUGAUAUUGGAACCUUAUCAGAAAAUUCCAGAACAUCUGAUGAAAAAUUGCAAGAUUUCAUAUUGAAAAUUUCUGAGCUGGAAAUUGAAAACAAACGUUACAUUGAUGAGCUACAAUCAGAUAUAACCAAAAAACAAGAUGAGAUUGAUCUUUUGAGAAAGGAGAUGGAGAAUCGUGAUCAACAUAUAGAUUCACUGGAGAAGCAAGUGAUUCAGCUUAAUGAUACACAGAAGGAGAUCGAUAGACUUGUUUUGGAACUCAAAGACAGAGAGAAACACUUGGAAGAUCAGAAAGCAAAGAUUGAGGAAUCACUAAGUGAUGCUGAAACUAAACUUUCUGAAGCUAAGAAGCAAUAUGAUCAGAUGUUAGAAAGUAAACAGUUAGAACUGUCAAGGCAUUUGAAGGAAAUAUCGCAGAAAAAUGAUCAGGCCAUUAAUGAUAUCAGGAGGAAGUACGAGGUGGAGAAGUUGGAAAGUGCUAGUAUUGAGAAAGAAAAGGCUGACAAAGUUAUUGGAGAGAUGGACAGAAACUGUCAGCAGAAGCUUGAAGAAUACAAAGAGGAAUCAAGACAGUACUUGCUGCGGAUACAGGAGGAACAUGCUGCUUUGAUUAGUCGCAUUCAACAAGAGCAUGAUAAAAAGGAAUUACUUCUUAUGUCCAACCAUUCUGAAGAGAUUAAGCAGGUCCAGCUUCAAGCUGAAAAGGAAUUGAGAGAGAAAACAACAUCAAUGCGGAAUGAACAUGAAAUCCAGUUAAGAGCUUUGAAGUGUGAGCAUGAAGAUGAGUGCAGAAGAUUACAAGAGGAGUUGGAUAUUCAGAAGUCUAAAGAAGAGAGGCAGAGGGCUUUACUGCAAUUACAGUGGAAAGUAAUGGCUGACAAUCCACAAGAUGACCAAGAAGUGAACUCAAAAAAGAACUACUCUGUUUCAUCCACCAAGAUGAGAAAUUCUGAAAAUGACAAAAGAGGUCAUCAUACUGCUGGGAGACGAGAAGUUGAACAAACGCAAAUUGCAUUCUUAAACCUAUUAAUGUCUCUGCAGGAUUCACCUUAUCUGACAGCAACUCAAACACCUGUGUCCAACUUGCUAAGAAAAGCGGAGAAGGGGAAUACAGGAAGUGUCAUGAGUCUUCCCAAGCAUAGUAGGAAGGUCACUCAUCAUGAAUAUGAAGUCGAAACAGCAAAUGGAAGAACAAUUACAAAAAAAAGGAAAACCAAAAGUACUGUAAUGUUUGCGGACCCAAGCAGACAUAAAAAGCUAGAGACACCAAAAGCUGUUACACCUAGAGCUGUUACUAAGGGAACAAAGGGACAAGUUCAUACAAAGUCAUCUAAUAUAGGUGAUCUGUUUUCAGAAGGAUCUCUGAAUCCUUAUGCAGAUGAUCCCUAUGCAUUUGAUUAGAGGUAUCCCCGUUUCAUGUUAGUUCUAUUUGAAUUGCAG